UGUAAAAGCUACAUACCUAGCAAUAUUAGCUGCUUCUGCGUGAGCAGAGAGCUGGCAGUUCCUGGUCCCUUGGUGGUUUUUCAUUUGGGGGGGGGCACACUCCUAGCUGCACAGUUCUUUAGAACUAGGAGAGAUAGUUUGAGCAGCUGUGAUACACCAGAGCAGUCAUUCCUAAGGGGAAAAGAACAACAGUUGCAGCUCCUCCUUGGUCAAAAGGGUUCAGGGAGAUGGCAACAACAGUUUGGUAGCCCUUUCAAUGUGACAUUUCUUUCCUGGUUGGAAAAGUGCAGCUCUCAAGAGCUAAAAAAGUGUUGCAAUAACACCUGGCCCUCCUUCUGUGUCUGGAAAUGAGUUCCCUAGCAGUCUCCUAACUAAAUCAACAAAGAAAGUGCUGCAGGAUCAGGCCCAAGGGCCCAUCUUGUGCAGCAUCCUGUUCUCACAAUGGCCAGCCAGAUGCCUGUGGGAAGCAUCUAGAUCAAGGGAAGUAAUAGUACCACUGUAUUCCGCUCUGGUCAGACCUCACCUGGAAUACUGUGUCCAGUUCUGGGCACCACAGUUCAAGAAGGAUAUUGACAAGCUGGAAUGUGUCCAGAGGAGGGCAACCAAAAUGGUCAAAGGCCUGGAAACGAUGCCUUAUGAGGAACGGCUUAGGGAGCUGGGUAUGUUUAGCCUGGAGAAGAGAUGAUAAGGGGUGAUAUGAUAGCCAUGUUCAAAUAUAUAAAAGGAUGUCAUAUAGAAGAGGGUGAAAGGUUUUCUGCUGCUCCAGAGAAGCGGACAUGGAGCAAUGGAUUCAAGCUACAAGAAAGAAGAUUCCACCUAAACAUUAGGAAGAACUUCCUGACAGUAAGAGAUGUUCGACAGUGGAAUUUGCUGCGAAGGAGUGUGGUGGAGUCUCCUUGUUUGGAGGUCUUUAAGCGGAGGCUUGACAGCCAUCUGUCAGGAAUGCUUUGAUGGUGUUUCCUGCUUGGCAGGGGGUUGGACUGGAUGGCCCUUGUGGUCUCUUCCAACUCUAUGAUUCUAUUAUUCUAAACAGCAAUGCUGCCCACUUCUGAUCUGCAGUGACUGGUAUUCAGAGACAUCCUGCUUCUGACCGCAGAGCUACAACUAUCUCUUUAUGCUUUACAGUGGUACCUCGAGUUACAAAUGCCUCAGGUUACAAACUCCACUAACCUGGAAGAGUUACCUCGAGUUGAGAACUUUGCCCCAGGAUGAGAACGGAAAUCGUGUGCUGGUGGCACAGCGGCAGCAAGAGGCCCCACUAGCGAAAUCAUGCCUCUAGUUAACAGUUUCAGGUUAAGAACGGACCUCCGGAACGAAUUUAGUUUGUAACUAGAAUUACCACUGUAUAGCACAUUCUUACACAUGCCUUUGUGGAAAUAAUUCCCAGUGGGCUCAACGGGGGUUACUCCUGGAUAAGUGGGAAUAGGACUGCAACUGUAAAGGGCCAAGAGAUGCAGCCAUGACAAUUCCUGCCUGGCACCCUGAGUUAUUUUCAGAGAGACUAAUGGAACUGUGUACAAAGAGGAAGCAAGGAUCAAGAAUUGGGUGGGUGGGUUUUACAACUAUAUUUCCAAGACUGAUAGAGAGGCUUAUAUAUCUCUAUCUAUCUUGUACUUUUAAAGAACUUCCAGAGGACUUUAAACAAAUGUUACAGAAAAACAAUGAUCAUUUGAAGGAGACAUCUGCGGUAUUCAGUGCUAUGAAGCUUUCUGUGCAGCUCCCCUAUUCAGGCUUCCUAAAAAUAUAUUUAUCUUACAGGGCUGUGGUGGGCCCAGAUAUCAAGGCUUGGUUGGAGAAGCUGACCCCAGGAGCGUGGACACCGCCUACAGAGUGGUGGCAGAUCACGUGCGCACCUUGUCCAUCUGCAUUGCCGAUGGUGUUUACCCAGGCAUGUCUGGUGCCGAGUAAGGAAGAAGCACAAUCACAAGGGCUUGUCCUUCGCCAGAUCUUGCGCAGGGCUGUGCGGUUUUGCUCUGAAGUUCUCCAUGCGCCACCUGGGUUCCUGGCCAGCUUGGUUCCUGUUGUGGUGGAAAUUCUGGGAGAUGCCUAUCCGGAGCUAAGGAAGGAUACAGACACGAUUAUGAAUAUCAUCAGUGAGCAUGAGGAUGCCUUUCUCUCUUCCCUUCUGCGGGGGCGCCGUAUUAUAAACAGAACCCUCCAACAGAUGGAUCAUUCCAAAGUCUUCCCAGUGGAGGUUGCUUGGUCUCUCCAUAGCAAUUUGGGUUUCCCGCUGGAUCUUGUUGGUUUGAUGCUGAAAGAGAAGGGAGUCCAGCUGGACGUUGCUGCUUUGGACCACCUGGCUCGGGAAGAUGCUGAGCGCAAAUCUCAGCCGCAGCAGGAGCAGAGAGCUGGGAUGCACCUGGACCUGCAUUCAUUGGCCAAGUUGAGGCAGGAUGGGGUGCCUGCUACUGACGACACUCCAAAGUAUGCCUAUGAACUUGGGCAGGAUGGCAGAUAUGUUUUCCGUCCGUGUCAAGCCACUGUCCUGAUGCUGUACAGAGAUGGGUCUUUCCAAAAGGAAGUUGGCAGAGGGCAACAGUGUGGGGUCCUUCUAGACAGAACCUGCUUCUAUGCUGAGCAGGGCGGCCAGGCACCUGACCAAGGCUACAUGCUGCAUGCAGCACAGCAGGACAUGCUUUUUCCUGUGGUAUCUGUGCAAGUAUCUGGUGGCUAUGUGGUUCAUGAAGUGAUUGUAUCUGAAACCCUGAAGGUCGGGGACCAAGUGCAGCUCUUUGUGGAUGAGGCCCAGAGGCUGGCCUGCAUGACAAACCAUACAGCCACCCACCUGCUAAAUUUUGCUCUUCGCCAGGUCUUGGGAGAUGGUACAGAGCAGCGGGGGUCCCAUGUGACUGCUGAGUAUUUGCGAUUCUCCAUUAGCACCAAGGCUCCCAUAACGACGCAGCAGCUGCUAGACAUAGAAAGUGUGAUCCAGGAAGUGAUCAAAAGGAAUGAGGUGGUCUAUACCAGGGAAGCCCCCAUCAAGCUGGCGAGUGCUGUGCAAGGACUCCGGAAACUAAAUGAAGUGUACCCAGAUCAGGUGCGAGUAGUAUCCGUAGGGGUUCCAGUGGAAAGAGUGUUGGCUGUGAAGUCUAAAGAUGCCGCGUCCUCCUCUGUGGAGCUCUGCUGCGGAACGCACCUUCUGCAGACAGGAAUCAUACAAGACUUCACUAUCAUUUCUGAGCGGCAGCUGGUUAAAGGAAUCAGCCAUAUUGUUGCAGUGACCGGAGAGCAAGCCAAGCAAGCUCGGGAAGCUGGCCAGACUUUGGCUAAGGAAGUGGACUCCCUCACGGUGCGAGUGAAACUGGGAGGAACCGUGAUCGAAGAGGCCCAGAGACUCUCCAAAGAAGUUGGCCAGCUGACUAUUAUCGUGGACAGUACCACAGUACCUCAGUGGCAGAAGAGAGAACUGCAGACCACUCUUAAAACUCUGCAGCGAACAGCCAACACCGCAGUUAGAAAAUUGGAAAUCAAACUGGCUGCAGAGAAAGCAGAUGACCUGCUAGCAAAGUAUUCCAACCAGCCCGUCAUCAUAGAUACCAUCCCUGUUGAGUCGCCCUCAGUCCUGAUGAAAGUGGUCAACCAGUUAUGUGACAAGGUACCAGGGUCCUCAGUGAUGUUGCUAAGUCCACAAGCUUCUGGCCAGGUGUUCUGCGCCUGCCAGGUAUCCAAGAGUUCCUUGCCAGUGUUUUCUGCUGCUGACUGGGCCCUGGCUGUCUGCACUCAAAUGGGCGGCAAGGCAGGUGGUUCUGGAGUUGUAGCCAAGGGCAGCGGGACAACCAGUGACUUGCAAGGAGUUCUGACGGCAGCUCUGGAAUAUGCAAAGAGCAAACUCUGAUUCCUGCUUGCAAGGUCAAUGUGUCAUCAUGUCUGUGCAAGGACACCGAGAUGGGACAGUUGCUUGGCUGCGAUUGCUAACAAGAAUUGUCUACAGUGGCUAAGCAGCACCUGUUGUAGUCAGAACAGUCGAUCUGUCUUGGACUGCAGCUUCUUUUGCAAUAUCGAGGUGGCAGAACAGUCUGGACUUGCCCAUCUGGUCCUUCAUGAAACAUUAUUAUUGCAUUUGCAGAUAAUGGUGUGAGAGGAGUAAGGCUGUCCCAUAAAUGCAGAGGAAGGUAGAAGACAGUGACAUAAUGAAUCUGCCCAUCAAUGGGGCUGAGGGCACCCUGGUGAGAGGAAAGUAACUACAGUAUUGCCAUUACGAUAAUGAAUAGCAGAGAGGCACACUUGUGAUUCACUUUGGGAUGAAGAAAGAUGGGAGCUCUUUUUUCCAGGAGACCAAGGCCUAUAAGUUCAAGGGAGCUUCUUCCAGCAUAGUGUAAGGCUACCAUACUUUGCAUAUAUAUGUUUGAUCAGCAGUCUAGCAACAGAGGUUUUGGCCCUGUACUGUUUUAUUUAUGCAGAUC